GCAACCAGACCAAAACUACCUACAAAAGGGGGUCACAUGUUGGCCUUCUCUUCUCAAUUCAUAAUCCAUACACCACCCCCACACUCCAAAGCUCAGAGAGAGAGAGAGAGAAACUCCAAAAUCCAUGGCUGCUUCAAUUUCUUGUCUCUGUUUCAUCUCUCUCUUCUCUCUUUUCCUCUCUGUAGCUUCAUCAUCAUCCACUUCACCACCCAAACCCACUUCCAUCUCAAUCCAAAUCUCUCCAUUCUCCAAACACCCAUCUUCAGAUCCAUUUCAAUCCCUCAAUUUCCUUGCCUCUUUAUCCAUAUCCAGAGCUCACCACCUCAAACAUCCCAAAUCUAACUCUUCCCUCACAAAAGUCCCUCUAUACCCUCGCGGCUAUGGAGGGUAUUCCAUCUUUCUCAAUUUUGGGACCCCCCCACAGAAAAUCUCCUUCGUCAUGGACACUGGUAGUAGCCUAGUCUGGCUCCCCUGUACUUCUCGCUAUUUGUGUUCCAAAUGUUCUUUCCCUAACAUAGUCCCAGCAAAAAUUCCAACUUUUAUUCCCAAAUUAUCUUCUUCUUCGAAGAUUGUGGGCUGCAAAAAUCCCAAAUGUGGAUGGGUUUUGGGUCCCGACGUCAAAUGCCAAGAUUGCGAUCCGAGCUCCAAGAACUGCUCUCAGCCUUGCCCUGCUUAUAUAAUCCAGUAUGGUUCGGGGACAACAGCUGGGCUAUUGAUCUCGGAAUCAUUGGAUUUUCCCGAGAAAACUGUGCCGGAUUUUCUUGUCGGCUGCUCCUUCCUUUCUUUCCGCCAACCGUCUGGGAUUGCAGGAUUCGGCCGCGGACCCCAAUCGUUGCCGUCGCAGAUGGGUCUGAGUAAAUUCUCUUACUGUUUAAUUUCUCACAAAUUCGAUGACACUCAGGAGAGCAGCAACCUCGUUCUGUACAGUGGCUCGGAUUCCGGGAACAGCAAAGCCACCGACCUCAGCUAUACUCCGUUUCAGAAGAACCCAGAAGUUUCCAAUCCAGCAUUCCAUGAGUACUAUUACGUGCUUCUCCGGAAGGUCAUCGUUGGCGGCACUCGGGUUAAGAUUCCGUACAAAUUUCUGGUGCCUGGAUCUGAAGGCAACGGUGGAACAAUAGUGGACUCCGGCUCAACUUUCACGUUCAUGGAGAAGCCUGUCUUUGAAGCCGUUUCGCAAGAGUUCGCGAAGCAGAUGGUCAAUUACACAAGAGCUACCGACAUUGAGAAUCGAACUGGGUUGCAACCCUGUUUCGAUAUUUCCAGAGAAAAAUCGGUGAAUUUCCCGGAAUUGGUUUUCCAGUUCAAAGGCGGUGCGAAAAUGGCAUUGCCAGUUGCCAAUUACUUUUCUUUGGUCACCGAUUCCGGCAUUAUCUGUUUAACAAUCGUGACCGAUGAAGUGGCCGGUCCAUCGUUUACCAGCGGACCGGCGAUAAUUCUGGGUAAUUAUCAGCAGCAGAAUUUUCACAUAGAGUAUGAUUUGGAAAAUGAGAGAUUCGGAUUUCGCAGACAGAGCUGUAAAUGAGUCAACAAACAAGUCUUUUUUUUAGCCUUUUUCUAUCAUAAAAAAUAAAAUCAUACCGCAAUGAAGUUGCGGGGAAACAAAAAAAAGUUAAUAAUAAUGAGUCCCGCAUCAUCAAUUGGCAAUCCGAGGGUGCAGAGAAGGUGAUGGAGACGACGUCGUUUUUUGCUUUUGAUAAGAAGAAUAGUGUAUAGCUUUUAGUUGUUGCUGUGGCAAUGUCAACUACUGUGAUUUCUUCAUUGUGACAGGGUAGUGAUGACAAAAUAUUGAUUGUGCUUUGAUUUUAUAUAUAUAUAUAUAUAUAUUUUGGUAA